UCAAAUGAAAAGAUUAAACUAAACCCUCCCAUUGCUGGGUUUUUCCCUUAGUUAGGGUUUAACUUUCUCUUCUUCUUCGUCUUGCUCGUUCUCUCCUCAAGCAAUGUCCGAUACAAGUUCCGUCGAUGCUUCUCUGUGGUGGGACUCAUUCACUGUCCUCCUCACCGAGCUAGAAAUUUCCUCUCUGUCCUCAGAUCUCCCACCGAAUUUGGCGAAGAAGUUGAAGGACAACCAUGCCUGGUUCGUGGACUUACUUUCGCGCUUCAAGCCGCCCAAUCAGAAAUCCAAGCAAGCUUUGAAUUCAAAAACGCUGAAAAUUGGAUCUCACCAGCUCACUAUUCAACCUCACCUGAAAGAUAAAGCGUUGCAGAUUAGCUCCUGCUUGCUGCUAGAUGAGGUUCAAUCAUACAUUCUUGUCGAAACGUCCAUCAAACAUAACAAUACUGCUGCUGAUUCCACAGCUCCGGAGUUUCUUCACUUG